AUGACCAGUCCCGGUACGAAUAGACACCAUCCAGACGCCAUAAAUAAUCCCUCCAACUCGGAGAUGAACCUCUAUUCCGAGUCCGCUUCUGAGCGCGUCCUUGGAACACCGGAGCUGCUGAGAACGGUGCUCGAUCUAUUCGACGCUGGAAGCGUCUCCGAGGAGGAAAGCGAAGGGGAUGCACUUGGUCGGAAGGCGAAAAGGGCAGACCUAGCCUCAUGCGCGCGGGUGUCCCGCCGUUUCUCUGAGCAUGCGCUCGACGUCCUGUGGAGAACCCUCGAGAGCACACUUCCGUUGCUACGGACUUUUCCGUCAUUUCGUCUCAUAGGGAAGACAUGGGCAUUUACUAGGGACAUCACUGCUACGGAAUGGGCGCGUUUCCACAAGCGCUACACACACCGUGUUCGCGAACUGCGGUUUGAAGCAUCGUUCGUGGACCCCUUUGUUUGGACGCUUCUGGCACGAAAAAAUCAAGACCGACCCGUUCUGCCCAAUCUUCAAGUCAUCGAGUCUCCCGCGGGGAUCCCAGCCGAACGAGUCAACGCCAUAAUCCUAUUCAUCUCUCCUCGCAUUCGUGCGGCAUACAUCUCUUUUUACCAACUGGAUAGUUGGUUUCCCGUCCGAGAUGUCGCAGGAUUGGCUUUGAACGCUGCGGGGUUGCUCUUCAAUAACCUCUGCGAUAUAUCCCCCGGCAUCACCACGCUUUCUUGGAGCGGUCCCUUCGCCGAAAGCCCCAUGGUGUAUAUGCGUAGCAUCGGUCGCCUUCAAAACCUGAAAUCCCUAACCGCCGGUGACGUCGUUGCCGACCGACCUCUCAUUCUCGCACUAUCUACAAUAUGGUCGCUCACCCACCUAUCUAUCACCGUGAAAUUCUCAGACACAGACUACGGAGGGCUCGCCCUUGGUCUCGAUCCCUUGGCGGUGUUCCAAGGACUACGCACACUCAGUUUGAAUGGAUCGGCACGGGACGUAGCCCGGUCGGUGUCAUGCAUGCGUCCAGUAGCGCUCGAAGAACUUACACUCGAUAUCACUGCCGUGCCCAUCCUGAUCUCCACCCUACCCGCCUUCCUCUCGGAGGUCUGCCAGCACCUACAGCAAACGCUGCACACCUUCACUCUCUCCAUUGUCUCCAUUAUCUCGCCCGCAUCUGCCGGACCGGAGCUCCCCGAUCACUUAUGGCCUCUCCUGUCCUUCAAGAACCUCAUGCACGUCGAGUUCAUACACGACGACCCUAUGCUGAGGGUCACGGACCACGGGCUCUCGCUCCUCGCCGACGCGUGGCCGAAACUGCAGUCCCUGCGGAUCGACCUGCCCGAGCCUGUCGUUACCAGCGUCCGGCCAACUGUGCGUGCGCUCGUUGCGCUCGCGCAGCGCUGCCCGCACCUGUCAAGCGUGAGCCUAUCCGGCCUCGAUGCGCGCUCGCUGCCUCCAGAUGCGUCUGUGCCACUGGUGUCGGACCAUCCGCUGGAGUACAUAUACGCGGGGUUCAUAGCCCGCGAUACCGGCGACGACCAGGCCUUGCGAUUCGCCACUAUACUCGACCGGCUGUUUCCUCGUCUCGCCGAGGCUGACCUCUCCGACGACGUGCCGGAUGGCCCCUAUCAGCCUCAACAAACCCCAUUCAGCAUGCCCGUGAAGCAAAUAUUGGGGGCGAUACAAACUUCCCGCAACCACGACCAGAUGAGGAGGGAACGUAGCACUGCAACGACAGGCGCGGUGCCUAGGCCCGUGGUUAGCAUUGGGAGGGAGCAUGGGAAUCCUUGGCGCACGGAGAAGGAUGGACAUUGUGCCCUGGCCCGGUCAGCGCGCGUGUGCAAGGUGUUCGCGGAUCCUGCUCUGGACGUUCUAUGGCGGGAACUAGACGACUUGCUCGUCCUGCUGCGCAUCCUUCCUCCCUUUCAGCCGUACACGGCCCACUACUUCAGUAUUCUCGAGGACAUUUCUCCCACCCAGUGGAUUCGGUUCCAGUCUUACGCACGGCGGGUCCGUGCCAUCCAUAAGCCCGAUUUCGAGAGCGUAGCGGGCGCAGUUGACAAAAUGGCGUGGACGGUCCUCGAGAGACUUUGCGACGGGCAACCCCUCCUGCCGCACCUCCGAGACCUCUCCGCACACAACAUCAGUCGCGACCACCUGACUCCUUUGACCUUGUUAUCGCCUUCGCUGAAUACCCUCUCGCUCUCGUUUCCUGCCGAAUCCGAGUCCGAUGUUGACCCCGACCGUGACCCUAUCUUCACCCGUACACGGCCGUCAACUCGAGGAGUCUUCUUACAGCUCUUGGUCGCUCGGUGUCAGCACCUUACAGGGCUCUCCAUUAGCUCCGGCCUGAAAUCCAUGCCCCUAAACUUUCUCGCCUCUCUCACUCGUCUGGAUAGCCUACAUAAUCUUGACUUGGUGCAUUCGGGCGCUGUUGUUGACUAUGAUACAUUACACAACCUCUGCCAGAUGUCCACCCUCCGAAAGCUCGCACUUCGAAUCAACUUCGACAAUUGGCCCCCCUCCACCUCACUCUCACCCCCGCUUGGCAGCGCGUUCCUUGAUUUGCACAGGUUGCAUCUGUCAGGAAACAUCGCCGAUCUGUCUAGGGUCUUCGAGUUGCAUGAAUGCCCGCAGCUCUCCGAGCUUGAGCUCUCUAUAUCUGGACGAAGCACGGCCGAAGCACUCCAUGAUGGACUCGCGGUGAUCUGCAACCGGGUCCCCUCAUCCUUGACCGGAACUACCCUGAUCGUCUCUGCGAAGAUCCACAGGGAGUCGACGACGCCGCCCGACGAGGACUGGGCCGCCCGCCAAUCGCGCGCAUUAAUGUACAAACCGCCCGUCGUAAUCGCUCUCUCGGAGCUUCUGCGCCCGUUCCUCGAGUUCCACCAGCUGCGCACCCUCAGGGUCGAACUGGACGACGCGAGGAUGGACGACGAGGAUGCGCGCGCCUUCGCCCACGCCUGGCCCGGCCUCAUGCACCUUCACCUCCGCUUCAAAGUGGGCUAUAUCCUGGACUCGACCCGCGUCGUCACGAUCGCCGGCCUGGUCACAUUCGCGCUCGGAUGCUCCCGCCUGGCCGUCCUCAGUCUGCCUAUGCUCGACAUCCGGAGUCUUCCCUCGCGCCGGACGAUACCCGCAGGCGGACAGGCUGCAUUGCGCUCCUUGUCCAUUGCCGACUUCUUGGGUGGUGAGGGGGCGAAUUUGCUGGAGGUCGCGAUUAUAUUUGACGUGCUGUUCCCUUCGAUGGGGCGCUGUCACGAGGUGAACAUGAUGGAGAGUUUCCGGGGCAUCAUGCAUAACCCGGAUAGACAGUCCGCCAGGGCUACGCAUGCGGUGAUGCUGCUGGUGGGUGCAAUGUGGGCGCGCCGGGAGCAUGAGAGGAACGAGGUCCUGGUGGAUUACGGAGAUGUCAAUGCGAGUGAGGGCCUCAUCACGAGCGACAUGGAUGACGGGGGCGAUGCAUAA